AGGAGACCCACCCUUUCCUUUCUGCCUUGUUGCUACAGAGCGAGCAAGAUGGGUCACCAGCGACUCUCCUGGAGCCAUCCGAGGAAACUCGGCCAGGGUUCUCGUUCUUGCUUCGUCUGCUCAAACCGCCAAGGUCUGACCCGGAAGUACGGCCCCAACAUGUGCCGCCAGUGCUUCCACCAGUACGCAAAGGACGUAGGUUUCAGAAAGUUGGACUAAGUGAACUUCCGUGAAUGGGUCAUUCAAGACAUCUACCUUAUGACAGAAUGCUAUCUCUUCGUACAUAAAAUAAUAAAUAAAAAAAUAAAUAAAAAAAGG